CAAAAUUUCUGCAAGUGUGCGGCUUUAAAAUCCAUUCCUCACGCCAUUUCCUUCCAUCUCCAAAACAGAGCAAAAGCCUCCAAGCAGAGAGAGAGAGAGAGAGAGAGAGAGAGAGAGAGACUCGCUCGUUUCCUCCUUCCCGCUCAAAUAAUAUAUACAUAUCUCACUGACAUUAACAUCUGAUUUCUCAAUGACUACAUGCUGAUAUUCUUUCAGAGGCUGGAGCCGGAGAAGAAAAGGAUAAUUUAUGGAGGACGGCGCAGGAAGAGGUUUGGAAUGCCAGAAGAUUAUGGAUGGGAAGGCGAAUGAUGGGAAUGGCUCAGAGAAGGCUAUUCCUUCUUGUUGCUUUAAGGCUAGAGCUUCUGCACCUGAGCUUGAUGCAAAAUGCCAUUCUACUGUUGUUUCUGGGUGGUUCUCAGAAUCUCAUUCUUGCUCUGGCGAAGCUAGUAAAAGGGUCUACUUCAACAACCCAAUGUGGCCUGGAGAAGUACAUUCAUUGGAAGUCAAGAACAUUUUGUACGAGGGAAAGUCAGAGUACCAAGAGAUCUUGGUUUUUCAGUCAUCUACUUAUGGAAAAGUGCUUGUUCUUGAUGGCAUUGUCCAGUUGACUGAGAAAGAUGAGUGUGCCUACCAGGAGAUGAUAACUCAUCUUCCUCUUUGUUCGAUUCCAUCACCCAAAUCUGUUCUGGUUGUUGGUGGUGGUGAUGGUGGGGUUCUUAGAGAAAUUUCUCGCCACAGCUCUGUCGAGCUCAUUGAUAUCUGUGAGAUAGAUAAGAUGGUUAUAGAUGUGUGUAAGGAGUAUUUUCCAGAAUUAUCUGUUGGAUUUGAGGACCCUCGUGUCCGACUACAUGUAGGUGAUGCUGUGGAAUUUCUUCAUCUUGCUCCAGAAGGGAAGUAUGAUGCAAUUAUUGUUGAUUCAUCAGACCCCGUAGGUCCAGCUAAAGAGCUUGUGGAGAAGCCCUUUUUUCAGACAAUAGCUAAAGCAUUAAGGCCUGGUGGAGUCCUUUGUAAUAUGGCAGAAAGUAUGUGGCUUCAUACACAUCUUAUUGAGGAUAUGAUCACUGUUUGCUGUGAGAUAUUCAAGGGUUCUGUCCACUAUGCCUGGGCAAGUGUUCCAUCAUAUCCAAGUGGUGUGAUUGGAUUUCUCCUAUGCUCUACAGAGGGGCCACCUGUUGAUUUCUUGAAUCCUGUCAAUCCUAUAGAGAAGUUAAAAGGAGCCGUCAAAUAUAAGAGGGAACUUAGGUUCUAUAACUCAGAGAUCCACUCAGCUGCAUUUGCAUUGCCAACAUUUUUGAAGAGGGAGGUGAGAUUGCUUUGCGAUUCUCCAAUGCUAGCAAAAGGAAUCAACAUUUCAUAAUCUGGUGGCUCUGCUUGUAAGAAUUUUAUGAUGAGUGGAAAUAUUUGUUAAUGGGGCCUAGAUUCUAGGCUGGUAUUAAACAUAUAGUUGCACGGGCAACGAUCUUAUUGGUUGUCAUAUAUUAUGGUUUCUAGGUACAUCUAACUAGUUGAUGAGUUAUUACCACACAAUGUUUUGGUGGAUGAUAGGAACAACCUCAUCUAGGGGAGUGAUGAAAAAUUGAUACUUUCAGUUAUAUCAAUGUAGAAUCUGAAGCCAGUGAUAAUAAAAUAUUAGUUAUAUGCUUCA